AAACCCGGCUUAUUCAAAUUUAGAGUAUUCAAAAGGUAAAUCUAUAUACGGGAACACGUCCAAUUAUAUUGAGAAUAAUUUAAAACAUUCAAUGAAAAUACACCGACAAUGAUUUUUCAUAUUGUUUGGGUUGGCGCUCUGGCGUUGACAACUUGCAAGUGUGAACCUCCAGUCAACAGUUACCUACCUCCUUCAUCUGGUAAUACCGGCAGCCCGUCUUCUCAGUACGGGCCUCCUGAAGGCGGCAACAGUGGUCGGUCUGGAGCCCGAGGCGGCUCGGGAAUAGGUGGAAAUCAAAAUCAAUUACAAGACUCUUAUUUCCCACCUGGUGAUUCUGGUAACGCACGACCUGAUACUCAAUAUGGUCCUCCAGGACAAGGAUCCAGCCGUGGAUUGCCGGGAUCACAAUUUGGGCCACAGCCCCAGAAUGGAAGGCAGGGGAUUAGUAAUAGACCUAGUGCACAGUACGGCGUUCCUAGUGGCCAAGAUGGCAGACAGCCAGAUCAGUUUGGUCGUUCAUCACCGCAAAAUGGAGCUAACGGCAGGGGUCGUCCACAGGGCACAUAUAGCCCCCCAAACGAACAAGAAUUGAAUGGCGCCCCUGGUAGAGGAGGCAAUGAUUUUGGUUCCGGUGGAUCUGGAUUUGGUCAAAGGCCGGAUAGUUCUUAUGGGCCUCCACCUAGUGGCGAUUUCACAUCUAACAACAGAGGUCAAUCGGGGCCUCAGAGGUCGCCAGGUUCCUCAUACUCUGCCCCAUUGACAAGUGGUGGAGCUGAUUCUUUUAACGGCAGACAAUCAGCGGGUGGUCCGCCAUCUGAAUCGUAUGGUGCUCCUGGUUUUGGAGGUGGCUCUGGAAAUCGGGGCUCGGGAGGACGCGGGAAUGGAUUUGGAGGCGAUGAAUCUGACGAACCAGCUAAAUACGAGUUUAGCUACGAAGUCGACGACGCGCAGUCAGGUAGUAAAUUUGGUCAUUCAGAACAACGUGACGGCGACACAGCCACUGGGGAGUAUAACGUGGAACUGCCCGAUGGCAGGACGCAGGUGGUCGAGUACGAGGCCGGCCUCCAGGGAUACAAGCCUCAGAUACGAUACGAGGGUGGGCGAGCCGGCUCCGGAAAUAGUUUUGGCGCUGGCAAUCGAGGAACACAAAGUGGCAGUCUAGGAUAUCCUCAAGGAGGGCCUGGAGGGAAUGGCAACGAUCUUGGGUAUCCACAAGGAUUUAACCAAGGAGGUAACUCAUUCUCACAAUCUGAAGAACUAACUCAAAGCGGAUCCGGAUCAAAUAGGCAAGACUUUGAGGGGUAUCCGAGUGGAAGGCCAGGGGAAAAUGGCGGCAACCGACAGCAGGGCUAUCCUCAAGGUGGACCAGGUCAGGGAGGACAAGCAAGAUAUCCUGCAGGCGAAAGCAACUCUGGCUUAGAAAACCUCAACGGCGGGUCUCAACAAGAAAGAGGAUAUUCAGGAGGCAAUGGAAGUGGUAAUUACCCUAGGGGUGGUCCGCAAAGAAAUAGAAAUAACCAAGGGGCUAAUAGAGGUUAUUCAAAUGGUGACUCGGGCAGUGGUCAAGGUUAUCCCGCAGGUGGACCUCAGAAUGGUGGCAGAGGACGGCAAGGUAAUGGAAGAGGACAGCAGGGUGGUAACGCAGGAAAUGAUGGAUACCCUAGUGGCGGGCCCAGUGGUCUGCGGGGAUCAGGAUAUUGAUCCUCUGUGAGGUCACUUCUUUGAAAGGAUUCUAUAAUUGUUAUAAGUAUAAUAUUAAGCUGACAAAAUGGACCAAUUGUAAAUAAAAAAUAAUAAUCAUCA